AUGUCGGGCCUCAUCAACAGAGUCGCGACCGGCGUCGGUCUGGUCGCUGAAGCCCAUCAGCAUCACAAAGCGAAAAAAGCUGCCCGCCAAAACGCAAGCAGCACUAGCAUCGGUCUGGCCAGCUCCCACGACCGAAAUGUCCCUCCAAACCAAGAUUCCGUCGAAGCACAAGACAGAAGCCUCACACCAGCAGCCUCUGAGCCUGCAGAAUUAGAAGAAGAGCAGUGGGAGCUCGACGAAGCCCAGGACGAGCUCGUUGGGGGUAGCGCACCGCGGAAGAGCAAGAAUGGCGCUGCAAAUCCAGACAAAGUCGUCAAAGCCUUUCUUGACCGGCAUCCUCUGUUGGAUAGUACUGCUGAGGAUAACAGUUACCAUCUCGCGAAAUUGGAGUAUCCUGUAGUGCUCCCUCAGCGCCGGCCGCGGGUCAAGAAACGUGGCUUCAUUCGUGCUUAUGCGCCGGGUUUACAAAACAAGGGUAUUGAUCAGGUAAUGUGGCUCGAUUUCAUCGAGGUUUUCAACGAGGCCAGCCUAGCAAACCCGUGGAUCAAUGCGAUCAACCUAGCAUCUUUAGCGACGAAUGCAUUGCCCUCGGCCAUUUCAUUUGCUGUCUCGACGGCGAUUAUGAUUGCCACACAAAUAGCUAUGGAGACGCAGGGGCGAUAUCGACAGAAUACAUCUCUCGCCAAACUUAACAACGAAUUCUUCCGCCCACGCGGACUAUACUGUCUCGUCAUGACCUGGGAUCCCAAUUCACUGUCGUCUCGCGUAAACAUGGGCGUGAACACGACAAUUAAGAAUUCAGUCUCCAACCAAAACAAGACAAUGCACAAUUUUCACUCGUCAUACGGAACGACCACCCAAUUCGAGUUUAUGCAGACUGCUGAGCUAGUCUUCCCCGGUCUAGACUACAUCGCCGCCGCUCCAGGCGAGGAAGCCAAGGGAAUUAAAAGCAAACUCAAGCGAAGCAAGCUCUUUGUUAGCGAGUAUAUGGAUCGCAAAGCACAGGCAAAAUUCGUUGGUGAAAACCCUAACAACCUACUCUCCAACGAGCUUAACCCAACAUUUGCCUCAAAAUUCGCAGAUCCAAAUCAUCCUAUUCAUAGCGGGGAUCUUGUUUCCCUCAUUUCGCUGGGCUACAUCAACCCCUCUAGAAUCCGUUCAAUUGAUGGUUCUAGGAAUGGCCGGAGUGGUGGCAGGCUAAUCGAGUCUAACUUAUUGGGUAGUCGGAGAGGCCUUGCAGAAAGAAUAGGUGGUGAUGCAUACUAUAGCCAAAACUCAUGUCAGUCAGACCCUGGUCAUGUCGAUAGCUUGUCUCGCAGAAGAGGAAGAGGAGGUGGCGGGCUUGUAGGCGGUUUAGUCGGGAUUGCCGCAGAGGCAGUUCGAAAUCAUGGACAGCAGAGCAAUCCCCGAUCCCCGCAGGAUCAAGAGGAAAUAUUUCGUCGAGAAAGUAAAUUAAAUGACACGCAGAGACAGCCUGUCGGUGGUCGUAGGGCAUUGGAACGAGAUGGGCCGCUGGGGAUCAACAAGCUCUUAAAACAGAAAGUUCUAUAUCUAAUGGUCGUGAACAUGCCGACAGAAGACGAAAUGUCAGAGGCUAGACAGAUCACGGCAGAGUGGGAGUCUCGGGAUGGGCCCCCGCCUUAUGAGGAAGUGGAAAUGUGA